GAGGUUUGUCUUGAAAGAGGACGCAGAGAUGACUUUGGACGCUUCAUCCAGGAGGGGAAAACUCUACAGAGUGGUUGCUGUGAGCUUCGGACUACUGUGUAUCCUACAAGCUGCUGUCAACAUUUCACUGCGUCUUUCUCUCUACAGCUCCAGUACAAAGAUCAUAAAAUAUCUGACUGAAGAAGGAGAAGAUUUGAAGAGGAAGCUGAGCAUCCUUGAUCAUUACUUACAACAAGGAUGGGUGUAUUCCAACAACAGUUUCUAUUACAACUCCUCUAAUCAAAAGUCCUGGCAAGAGAGCAGAGAUGACUGUCGGCAAAGAGGUGCAGACCUGAUAAUCAUCAACAGCAAAGGAGAGCAGGAUUUUGCCAGAGGAUUCAAACGGCUCACUUGGAUUGGACUAACUGACAGAGAGACAGAGGGGAAAUGGAAAUGGGUGGAUGGGACUGACCUGAAGACAAGCUACUGGCUCACUGGGGAGCCAAACAGCAAUGGAGGUAGAGAAGACUGUGGAGUAAUAUGGUCCUAUGAAAAAGAAAACAGCUGGAAUGAUACACCAUGUACAGAAGAAAACUUCUGGAUCUGUGAAAAGAUGGUGGCAUAACUCUGCAUCCAAACCCACCUGACUGGCUAUCAUUAAGCUGCUCAUCCAACACACAAACUUGUCACCAUAGUUAAAGCACUGGUGUAAAUAAUAGCAUCAAUGAUGGCUGAAUUCCAUUUAGCUGUUUCACUUUCAGGGUCCUGGUGUUGUGCAUGCUGGCUCACUGUCACAGUCGUGACCAUAGAAAUAGAAUAGGAGUAGAACGGACAUUGAACUGCUUGUCAUGGUCAUUUGGCCAGUACAAAAGAAAAUGGUGAUUGUUGUUAGUCAGUUGGGCUGUAAAGUGUUUCUGCAGCUCGGCGGGAAGAGAGCGGACACAGCUUUGAGGAGAAAGAUGGCCAUCUAGCUAGCUAACGUUAGGUAGCUUGUCCUUCUCCAUAGUGAUAUGGAGUGAGGCCAAGGGACCGUCAGACCCAACACCGCCUCUGGACUCCAGUCUGCUGUUCGGCUCAUUUUCUUUAUCCAGUGUAGCAUGAAAGCAUGGUGGAAUUAGAACGCUAGCCAACUGGCCAGAAGUAGGUUAGUUAGAUAGCUAGCUUGCUAAUUCCACCAUGCUUUAGUGCUACACUGGAUACAGAAAUUGAGCAGAACAAAGCUGUCACUCAUCUGGCGUUGUGCUUUCCUAAGCUGUGACAAGAGUGUGUAGAUGAAGUAUUAAGUUAGUUGUUGUUACUGCAAACCUCUCCUGGUAUUUUAUAUCUAUGGUCCUCACUUACUUGGACACUUGAGUAGAACAGAGCCAUCAUUAAUGUUAUUCAUAACACCUGUGCUUUUUCUGAAUUAACCUUUGCUCUUUAUUUUACAUCUGGCUUAAUUGCUUUUCCAACUCAAUUUUUAGUAUUGCUUCACAAAAAACAUUAUAAUAUUUUAUUGUUAAUUUUUUUAAGGGUCUUGGAAGGAUGUAGUCUGUCCCAAUAUGCAAAAAUAUACUGUUUGUUUAUGAAUGGUUUUGUUGUCCAUGUUUUU